CUUAGGUGAUGCUGCAGCCAAGAUGGCGUUCGCGGCGGCUGCGGCGGCUUGAGGGAGAUGCUCCCGGUCCUCCGCGACAGACGUGGUGGCUGUGGCCUCGGCCGGGGCCUCGGGUCCUUCCCGGGCGUGAGCGCUCAGGCGCCUCUCCCUCGGCCGGGUUAACCCGGACAAAGAGGAGACGGCCACGAAGAGAAGAGGCAGCGAGGAACCGAGAGAGAGCGCGGCGCCUCCCGCCCCGGCACCAUGGCUGGGCUCAUUAAAAAACAGAUCCUGAAGCACCUCUCUAGAUUUACCAAAAAUUUAUCUCCUGACAAGAUAAAUCUAAGUACCCUUAAAGGAGAAGGCGAACUGAAGAAUUUGGAGUUAGAUGAAGAGGUGCUCCAGAAUAUGUUGGAUUUGCCAACAUGGCUUGCUAUCAACAAAGUUUUUUGUAAUAAAGCAUCUAUUAGGAUCCCAUGGACAAAACUGAAAACACAUCCUAUCUGUUUGUCCUUAGAUAAAGUAAUAAUGGAAAUGAGUACAUGUGAAGAACCACGAAAUCCUAAUGGCCCAUCACCAAUUGCAACUGCUUCAGGACAAAGUGAAUAUGGCUUUGCUGAAAAAGUAGUUGAGGGAAUUACUGUUUCCGUAAAUUCCAUUGCAAUCCGCAUUGGAGCAAAAGCCUUCAAUGCAUCCUUUGAACUUUCCCAGUUACGGAUCUAUAGCGUAAAUGCCAACUGGGAACAUGGAGAUUUAAGAUUUACUCGUAUUCAAGAUCCACAGAGAGGAGAGGUUUUGACAUUUAAAGAAAUAAAUUGGCAGAUGAUUCGAAUAGAGGCAGAUGCUACCCAGAGUUCACAACUUGAAAUUAUGUGCGCUCCUGUUCGAUUAAUAACCAACCAAUCAAAAAUCAGAGUCACACUUAAAAGAAGAUUAAAAGACUGCAAUGUCAUUGCAACGAAAUUAGUUCUCAUAUUGGAUGACUUAUUAUGGGUUUUAACGGAUUCUCAGUUGAAGGCUAUGGUACAAUAUGCAAAGUCUCUUAGUGAAGCAAUAGAAAAAUCAACAGAACAAAGGAAGAGUAUGGCUCCUGAACCUACACAGAGCUCUACAGCAGCCCCAUCUGCGCAACAAGUGAAGACACCACAGACUUCAAAUGCCCCUGAUCUAAAUGAUGCAAUUGCGAAACUAUUCAGUGACUUUGAUGUUAAAGAAACCUCCCAUCAUUUAGUGAUUUCUCAUCUAGAUCUACACAUAUGUGAUGAUAUUCAUGCUAAAGAAAAAGAGUCCAAUAGACGUAUUACUGGAGGAGCUAUGCAACUGUCUUUUACACAACUAACUAUAGAUUAUUAUCCUUAUCACAAAGCAGGAGAUAGUUGUAAUCACUGGAUGUAUUUCAGUGAUGCAACCAAGACAAAAAAUGGAUGGGCCAACAAAUUGUUAGAUGAAUUUGAAGACAACGUUGAAAUGCUUAAACAGGCUAUAAAGGAUCAUAAUGUAGGUUCACCUCCUAAAUCACCAACACAUGCCUCUCCACAGCACGCACAAACAGAGAAAGAUGCAGCUCUGAAAUGGACUUCCAGAACACCUCCAGUAUUAUCUCAACAGUCCAAAGCUAAGUUAAUGUCUAGUUCUGUUGUGGUAAGACUUGCAGACUUCAAUAUAUACCAGGUCUCUACAGCAGAACAAUGUCGUUCUUCCCCGAAAAGUAUGAUUUCUUGCAAUAAAAAGUCCCUGUAUCUUCCACAAGAAAUGUCAGCUGUCUAUAUAGAAUUCACAGAAUAUUAUUAUCCAGAUGGAAAGGAUUUUCCAAUUCCAUCUCCCAACCUUUAUAGCCAGCUGAAUGCACUACAGUUUACUGUGGAUGAAAGAAGUAUUCUAUGGUUAAAUCAAUUUCUAUUGGAUUUAAAACAGAGCCUUAAUCAAUUUAUGGCUGUAUACAAGUUGAAUGACAAUUCAAAAUCUGAUGAGCAUGUUGAUAUUCGAGUUGAUGGCUUAAUGCUAAAGUUUGUUAUUCCUUCUGAAAUGAAAUCUGAAUGUCAUCAGGAUCAACCACACGCAAUUUCUAUUCAGAGUUCUGAAAUGAUUGCCACAAAUACAAGGCACUGUCCAAACUGUCGACAUUCUGAUCUAGAAGCCUUGUUUCAAGACUUUAAAGAUUGUGACUUUUUCAGUAAAACAUAUACCAGCUUUCCCAAAUCUGGUGACAAUUUUAAUCUUCUGCAUCCAAUCUUCCAAAGACAUGCUCAUGAACAAGAUACCAAAAUACAUGAAGUUUACAAAGGAAAUAUUACUCCCAGGUUGAAUAAACACACUCUUAAAACUUCUGCUGCCACAGAUGUUUGGGCUGUGUACUUUUCUCAAUUUUGGAUAGAUUAUGAAGGGAUGAAAAGUGGAAAAGGGCGGCCAAUAAAUUUUGUAGACUCUUUCCCUCUUUCCAUCUGGAUUUGUCAACCAACAAGGUAUGCACUGUCUCAAAAAGAGCUGCAGACUUGUAAUCAAGUAUCUCUAAAUACAUCACAAAGUGAAUCUAGUGAUCUGACUGGCCGAUUGAAGCGGAAGAAGCUCUUGAAGGAGUAUUACAGUACGGAGUCUGACCCCUUGACAAAUGGUAGUCAGAAAUCUUCAGAUACAUUUUUAAGAUUUUCCUCUUCCUCAUCAGAUGCAGAUAUUCAUGUCCUGGUUCAUGUUCAUAAGCACAUCAGUAUGCAGAUCAAUCACUACCAGUAUCUUUUCCUGCUUUUCCUCCAUGAGUCACUUAUUCUGCUCUCAGAGAACUUAAAGAGCGAUGUCGAAGCUGUGACUGGCAGUCCUGCUAGUCAAACAUCCGUUUGCAUUGGGAUUUUACUUAAAAGUGCAGAAGUGGCUCUUUUACUACACCCAGUGGAUCAAGCAAACACUCUCAAGUCUCCUGUGUCUGAAAGUGUGAUCCCAGUGGUUUCUGAUCAUUUGCCUGCAGAAAAUGGAGAAGUCUUGUCUUCAAGAAAGAAACAAGUUAGUAGUGGUAUAAAUCAAACUAGAAGUGUAACUGUUCAUCAUAAGUCAGACAACAGAUCUAUGAGUGUUGACUUUAGCCAUGUCCCUUUGAAGGAUCCUUUGCUUUUUAAAUCAGCUAGUGAUACAAAUCUGCAAAAAGGUAUUUCUUUUCUGGAUUAUUUAUCAGAUAAAAAUUUAGAGAAAAUAAGUGAAGAUGAAAGUAGUGGAAUUCUUUGCAGAAGUGGCUCAGGGGAAAUUGGAUUAGAAACAGGCGACAAAAAGGAUUUAUCUUACAGAAAAUCAAAUAGUGUCUUAAACUACAGAGAAGAUUCAAGUAUGCUGUCAUUUGAUAAUGAUGGUAAUCAAAACAUGCUUUCAAAUAGUUUAACUAGUAAAGGAAAUGAAGCCAUAGAACCUAUUUUUAAAGCUGAAGAUUUGCUUCCAGAAACAGCUUCACUCUCUGAGAACCUGGAAAUUGGUAAAGAAGAAGCACCCACAGUUAGAACACUUAAAUCGCAGUCAUCUUUAAGGAACAUGAAAAGAAGCUCCUCACAAACCUCACUGGAUGCCAUUUCACUUGACAGCAUGAUAUUGGAAGAACAGUUGUUAGAAAAUGAUGGAAAUGAUAGUCAUAUAUUUCUGGAAAAAGGUAUUAAAAAGGAUUCGAGCACAAAUUAUCAGAGCCCCGCAGAUAGUGCAAAUGCCAGUGCAAAUCUACAAAAUUAUGGUGAAACUUCUCCAGAUGCCAUCAGUACAAAUUCAGAGGGUGCUCAAGAAAAUCAUAAUGAUCUGAUGUCAGUCGUGAUGUUUAAAAUUACUGGUGUUAAUGGGGAAAUUGACAUACGAGGGGAAGAUACAGAAAUCUGUCUUCAAGUGGACCAAGUAACACCGGCUCAGUUAGGCAAUAUCAGUCUUCGGAAUUACCUUUGUAAUCGUCCAGUAGGUUCUGAUCAUAAAACGGUUACUCAUUCUAAAUCUUCUCCUGAGAUUGCUCUGAGGUUUGAAAGUGGGCCCAGUGCUGUAGUACACUCGUUGCUUGCAGAAAAAAAUGGAUUUCUACAAUGCCAUAUAGAAAACUUUAGUACUGAGUUCCUUACAUCUUCUCUUAUGAAUAUUCAACAUUUUUUGGAAGAUGAAACUGUUGCAACAGUAAUGCCAAUGAAGAUACAAGUUUCUAACACAAAAAUAAAUUUAAAAGAUGACAGUCCUCGCAGUAGCACAGUGUCCCUUGAACCAGCCCCUGUAACCAUUCACAUCGAUAAUCUUGUGGUGGAGAGAAAUGACGAUGGCUCUUUUCACAUCAGAGAUUCUCAGAUACUUAACACUGGAGAUGACUUGAAAGAAAAUGUCAGAAGUGAACCAGUGCUGCUUACCAGGGGAAGGUAUGAUCUGGAGAAACCGCACAGUGUCACUCGAGGCACUCAGACAAGUCCAGAGGUUCCUUGGCCUUCACAGUCAGUUAACUGUCCUGACUGCUCCUUUGGCUUUACUGUGGAACAGCUCUUGGAAGAGAAUGAAUCUCUUAAGCAAGAAUUGGCUAAAGCCAAAAUGGCCCUUGCAGAGGCUCACUUGGAAAAAGAUGCUCUUCAUCAUCAUCUAAAGAAGAUGACAGUUGAAUAGCGGGAGUGGCAGUCAAAAAUUCAAAUUAUAACUCUGGAGCAGGGAGAUUAUAUUUAUAAUGUGAUGUUACCAAUUAGCCAGAGAAUUUGCUUUUCAUGAAAAGACAAUAAAAUGAAAUGGAACAUGAUGAAGUCGUGACUAUUCCAAAGCCAGUUUAGGAAAUAUUAGGUACGGGCAUUACAAUCUUUUGGUUGUUUUGUGUUUUGGGUUUAACCCUCUUUUAAACUGGUGUGAUAUAGGGAAGUCAGUGCAUACUGUAAAAUAAUUACAUGCCUAAUGAAAAGAAGAUGUCAUUUCCUAAUUUUGAUAUCACACUAUAGGCAUUUUUUAAAAAGAAAAAUGAAACCUAUUCUGUUCCACAGAUAAUAAUUACUAUUAUUUACAAAGUUUCAGAUGCUUUUAGGGCUAAUGUAAAAUAAAAGGCUUUCAUUUUAAAUGUUAUUAAAAUAACGUGCUUAAAUCUCUAAUUAUUUAAUUACUGUACAAGUCCAAUCAGAUUAUAAAUUACAUAAUUACUGGGUUUGAAUUAUCACCCUACUGAUCCUAUAAAGUAAUUUGAAGAUGUGAAAAAUAAAUCAUUUUAAAUGAUGGGUAAACUGUAUAACGUGAUGCUAUAAUUUUCAACAAGAAAAGAUGGUACAAGUGUAAAAAUAAAAAGCACAAACUGUAAAAAGCAAAACAUUGGAAUAUAUGGCCGACUGAUUUAAAAACAUUACUUGUACAUUCCUUGAAAUAUUUAUUGUUAUAAGUAAAAGAGUAGUUUGACUAUUCUGCUAAAUUUGGCAGCAUUUAUAACUGUACGAAUUUUAAUUAAUACUAUUUAUAUUAUUUCUUUAUCUUUUCUGUAUUUAAGGAGGGGGAUGUUUUCAGAGAAUUUUCUUUAUACAUACAAAAAACAAUUUGAUACCAUUCUUGUAGUAUCAGAUUAGGUGGAUGUUUGCACAUACCCAAUUUAUAUAGCUAGUUUUGAUUAAAGUUCUUUGUGACAUAUAUACUAUCUUCUAUAAUAAUAAUAAUUGCUAAAUUUUGAAUUCUAUUUUCUAGGAAUUGUUAUGGUUGAAGUCAACAAGAGAGAGACUCUCAAUCAUGCAUUAUGAAAUAAAAGUUCAUGAGCGUUUAAGAAAGAGGCUUUUAAAGAUUUAAAAUAUAUUUCUGAUAGAAUUAAACUAAGUGGGGUCUAUUUUAAAAUUUACGUUCUUAAACAUAUCAAAGGUAGAACAUGAAACAGCUGGACUACUUUUCUUUAACAUACUUGAAAAUUUUAAACCACAUUACGACACUUUUAUGGUGCUUUGCUUGUUGGCAUGACUAACAUAGCCAUCCCUAUAUCUGAGUACUUGCAGGAAAAUACAGGUUUCAUUUACUUAAGUGUUGGAGUGGCUUAGAUUUUACUGACAACUCUGCUGGCCUUUUUUCUGCUAUAACACCCAUUUUCAUUGACAUGGUUUUUAAAUACAGGUCCUGUUUUGGGAGCCAAGGAUACAGCAAAGAACAAAUUUAAAUUGUUAAUAUUUUACCUCAGAGUAUUUAAAAAUUAUGUUAAACUAUGUUAAUCUAAAACUAUUUAAUAGUCUUAGAUUAAAAACAAGAUCUAAUUAAAGAUUUGAAAUGUAUAGCUAAUAUCUCUUUUUCUUUUGAUGUAUGGUAUAUCUUCAACAAAUGCAGUCUCAUAUAAAAAAGCAGAUUUGAUGGGACAUGAACUUCUUCAGAGCUGACAGUGUUUCUCAGGAUUCACCUAUGUGUUCUAUAAAAAUUUUAAAUUUGUGGUAUCUUUUAAUUAUUAGUGUUAUAUAAGCCAAAUGUUUUCCUCAUUCCUUCUCAUUGGCCUUCUCAAGAGAAUCAUAUACACAGUAGAGAUGAUAAUUAAUAUGGAUGUGAGCAUUCUGUAUGCUUUGAUGGGUUUUUAAAAAAAUUAUAGUGUGUUAUUUUUAUAGAGAUUUAAAAUUCAUAAAACCCUUCCAAAAAGCACUAUCGUAUAUAAUUCCCACCAGAAAAAUAUGGGAGAUAGGUAUUAUUCACAUUUUAGAAGUUAAAUAAAAACUAGGUUGACUUGACUGAAGUGACAGUUAAUAACCUGCUCUUUGGACUUAAAUGCCAGUUAUAUACUCUUAUUUUACGUUAGUCAUUCAUUCACACAUUUUUGCCAUGGGUGGGGAGAAUCACUUACUGUCUUUUAUCUGUUUUUCUUUUAAAGAUAAAUAUAAUACUUAUAAUAGUGUGUGUGCUAUGUAUUAUUCAAACUGCUAAAAUGAUAGUGGGAGGACUUUUGAUUGAUUAUGUGAAUUCCAACUUUUUGGGUGGUAUGAGAAAUACAGGAAUAAGGCUAUAAAAAACUUACCAGAGUUCUUACAUCACCACAAAUUACAACUGAAGUUGCCAUGUCCUGAAAAAAAUUUUUUUUUUCUAAAUUUCUAGCAGAGAUAUUAGUGAUUGGGGAGAGAAAUGCUAAUUGUGUUUUGCAUUUUAAUCUUGUGUAUGUCAAAAACAUUUUCUUGGUAGCUUGUAUAUUUUUCUUUUCUCAUUUUAUCCUAAAAUUUCAAAAGGCCACCUUGUGAUACUAGUUGUGGUGAAACAUUAUUUUUAUUUAAGCAAUGUAAAAAUGGCUGCGUACGAUUGCAGGCAAAUAUAUGUGGGUUUUUAUUUUAGUUAUUGUUAUUCAAUACUGGCCAAUACAGAAAUUAUAACUUCCUUUUCAACAAGUUUUUAUUAACCUCCAGUUUUUCAAAGCAUCUUCUGUUUCAGUGAAUGUCAACACCAUCACCCUGGUUCCCAAGCUAGUCACCUAUAAUUCACCUUAGGCCUAUGCUCUCCAUAACCCUCUUUCUCUACCUUUGCCCCCAUCGAUUCAUUACCAGGUCUUGGCAUUUAACCUUGCAAACAUCCCUCAAAUUCAUCCACUUUCCUAAUCUAAGCUGCCAUCUGCGCCUUUGCCUUGCAUUACCUUAAUUGCCUCCGAACAGGUCUUCCUAAGCCAUCCUGGACCUCCUCUGGGUCAUUCUCUAUAUACAGGCAGAUUUCUUGUCUUUGAAGUGCAGUUUUAAUGAAGGCAGCCCACCUAUCCCUUUCUUUCCCUUAGCUUACAGCAUUUCAGAGACUUUUCAUUGCUCUUAGGAUGGAAACAAAAAUAUUUUGUGACCUGUGAUUAGGGCCACCAUUUACUUUAUAGGGUUACUCUAAGCAUUAAAAGAGUUAAUGUCUCAUAAAAUGACAACAGUGGCUGGCACAUCACCUUAAAAAGCACUCAGUACAAGAUAUUAUUAUUGCUUAGUUCGCCUCAUCGUGUUCCAUGUUUCAGUUACUUUGCGUUCUGCUUUGGUUGCACUUUAAGUAUCUGGAAUAAAUGAGAAUAGAGUGGUUCUUCCACAUUGGAAACUGUUCAUGCUAUUCCUUUGAUUUGAAAUAUCUUUCAAAUCACUCAUUGCCUAGUUAACUCCCAUUUGUGUUUCAGAUCUCAGCUCAUUCUCUGAUUUCUGUCACAAAGCAAGACUGCUGUUACACAUAAUCAUAUGAACACAUACCUCUAGUUAGUAUUGAACACCUUUGUAAUUUAAUAUGUAUUUGUUUGAUUAAUGUAGACCCUCUAAAUUGUAAACUCCAUGAAAGUAGGGAUUAUGUUUGUGUUGUUGUCAUUGUUCAACUUUGUAUUCCUUAUGCCUCCUCAUACAGUGCCUGGCACAUAGUAGGUGCUCAAUAAAUUUGUUCAAAGAAUAAAAUGGAUAAGGUAUCAAGGAUGUUUUCAGGUAUCGCGUUCUUCCUCUCAGUUGGAUUGAUGGGAGAUGGAACAUAGGCUGAAAAGUAGGUGCUGGUGGUUACAAAGGACAGACUCCUUUAUCCACAGUGGGAAAGGUGGGGGAAUAGAGAAAUUUGCCAUACUGUGUUCUUAAGAAUUUUGAAUAUCUGAACUCCUAGUUAAUUUAUUGCAAGCCAUCCAGAAGCAAAAUUAGCAUAGCACUUCAUAAAACUACUACAGUGCCAGAAGGUCAUCUGUCUUUGAUUGUAGCAUAUGUUGUUGUGGCUGUCGAGAUCAGCUAAACAGAAUGGAAACAAGGCCGAAAGAGUAGUGGCUGAAAGUUUUCGCUUUUGAGAACUUGAGUGAUAACACAGUAUCUGUUGUGCUGAAUUCCUUAAAGUGCAAGCAGUCUCAUUUUAGCUUAUGCCUAGAGAGGCAAAGGAAAGUAAAUGUUGAACUUAACUUCAGUUUCCUUUUGGUA